GUCACCGCCGACUACUCUUCUUCACCAUCGCCGCCACAAACGAGGUUUUAACAUAUAAAUAGAAAGCUUAACCUUACGAUUUAGUCAAAUAUUCAAUCACAGAAAGAAAAAGUCGACAUGGAGAACGGAGAUAUUCCAGAGAACGCCAAUGAACAUUGCCCAGGUCCUCAAUCGGAGUCUGCUGGAAAGUCUGAUUCUUGCGCAGGUUGCCCUAAUCAGGAAGCAUGUGCCACUGCUCCUAAAGGACCUGACCCAGAUUUGGUUGCCAUAGCAGAGAGGAUGAGCACUGUUAAGCACAAGAUUCUGAUUUUGUCUGGUAAAGGUGGGGUUGGUAAGAGCACUUUCUCUGCCCAGCUCUCCUUUGCACUCGCGGGAAUGGACCAUCAAGUAGGCCUCAUGGACAUAGAUAUCUGCGGUCCAAGCAUGCCUAAAAUGUUAGGCCUUGAAGGUUCCGAGAUUCACCAGAGCAACCUCGGAUGGUCUCCGGUUUACGUGGCAGACAACCUCGGCGUCAUGUCCAUAGGAUUCAUGCUCCCGAACUCUGACGAAGCUGUUGUCUGGAGAGGUCCCCGCAAGAACGCUCUCAUCAAACAGUUCCUGAAAGACGUUUACUGGAGAGAUAUUGAUUACCUCGUGGUUGAUGCUCCACCAGGAACUUCGGACGAGCACAUCUCCAUCGUCCAGUACCUUCAAGCCACUGGUAUCGACGGUGCGAUCAUUGUCACAACCCCACAAGAAGUUUCCUUGAUCGAUGUCAGGAAAGAAGUGAGCUUUUGUAAGAAAGUUGGAGUCCCUGUGCUAGGAGUGGUGGAGAACAUGAGCGGUUUGUCUCAACCGUUGGCUGAUGUUAAGUUCAUGGAGAUUGGCUCCUCCGUUGACGUGACGCAAAAGGUAAUCUCUUGCUUGAGAGAGAACGCGCCGGAGCUUCUGAACGUCUUGGCUUGCAGCGAAGUGUUUGAUAGUAGUGGAGGAGGUGCGGAGAGGAUGUGUAGGGAGAUGGGAGUGCCGUUUCUUGGGAAAGUUCCUUUGGAUCCACAGCUUUGCAAAGCAGCUGAGCAAGGUAAGAGUUGCUUUGAGGGUGGUAACAAGUGUUCGGUUAGUGCACCUGCGCUGAAGAGCAUCAUUCAGAAGGUUCUUGCUUCGAUGAAAGAUGAAGAAUCCAACUAAAUAGAUCCUUUUGGCUGGAAGAUCCGUGCAAAGACAGUGAAGGUGUGUAGGCUUUUUGUGCAAGUUAUAGGCACAUGUGUAAUAAGAUUUUUAUCAUGAGAUUGGGCCAUUAGAUCUUGUUGACUAUGAUUACUAUCGUUGAAUUUCAUUUGAGUAUUUGGCUAUUGUGGUGUUGUUUUGGUGAAUGCAUAAAUUUAAGGCGAAAACUGAACAUAGUCCAAACUUAUUGGCACCUAGCAGAAAAUAGUAUGGAUUUUUAGUGGCCAAUUGGAAUUAUUAAAUGUUGUCGGAAAAUAAAAGAUGUAACGCUAGAACGGAGAAUCUUUUUUCGCCGUUGGAUGCUUCUUUAAUAACCAA